GUAGUGCGCUGGCCCUUUAAGGCCCAUGGGUGAACUGAGCAAAGUCACGCGAGAGCUCUAAAGGAGCAGCGCGAGGUUUCUCUAUGCGGUGUAAACAUCUGUUGUGAGACUGAGAAAUGCCAGCAAAGUCCGGUAACUUGUGAAUUAUUGCACAACGCAAGCAUGCAGUUUCUUAAAAAGCCCUUUUUAUGUGAGAAGAGAGAUGUAAAGGUCCAGUGUGUGACGGGAGGAAAACACAGUGUUGUUCAACUUUAUUGAAUUUCCUGCCUACAUCCAGCAACUUUGCAAAGCCAUUAAAGAGUUGUGGACCAACAUUCCACAGGCUACAAUCAACAUCCUGAUCAGCUCUAUGCAAAUGUGUUGCACCGUGUGAGGCCAAUGGUGGUCAUACCAGAUACUGAAUGGGUUUCUGAAGCUCCUCCUCCUUCAAUGAGGCUCCUCCUCCUCCUCCUUCAGGUAUAAAUACUGUAAUUUUCCCAUCAGCCCACCAGUGAAGACGAGCAUCAGACCGUCAGCAAGAAGUGAAAUCUGCAAGGACAGAACAUGAGUGAUCCAGAACCCUGCAGAAUUAAAGAUGAAGAUACUGAAGAGUCAGUAGACCCAAUUGAUGGAAAUGGGGAGACUGAAGAGGGUAAUGAUGUUAAAGCUGGGAAAAUAGCUCCUUUAAAGACAUGUGGUGUUUUUACUGUGAAAAACGGAGACAAAAAUCCUUUCACUUGCACAAGGUGUGCACAGAUUUUGGGAAACAAAAAGAGUCUAGAGAUUCACAUGAGGAUACACACUGGGGAGAUACCGUUCACGUGUACUCGGUGUGGGAGGGGUUUCUACCAAUUAUCAAACCUUAACAAACACAUGACGAUCCACACUGGAGAGAAACCGUACACAUGCACUCAUUGUGGGAGGGGUUUCUACCAACCAUCACUCCUUAAUAGACACAUGAGGGUCCACACCGGAGAGAAACCGUUCACAUGUACUCAGUGUGGGAAGAGUUUCAACCAAGCCACACAGCUUAAACAACACAUGAUGAACCACACCGGAGAGAAACCGUUCACAUGCACUCAGUGUGGGACGAGUUUCACCCAAUCAUCAGCCCUUAAUAAACACAUGAGGAUCCACACUGGAGAGAAACCGUACACAUGCACUCAGUGUGGGACUAGUUUCGGAGCCUCAUCAUCUCUUAGUAGACACAUGUUGAUCCACACCGGAGAGAAAACGCACAAAUGUGAUCACUGCAGCAAGACAUUUCUGAGUGCUUCACAUCUGAAGGUUCAUCUUGCAGUUCAUAGAAGCGAGAAGCCUUAUUCAUGUCCUGUGUGUGAAAAGAGUUUUACAUUGAAGUGCAUAUUAAAAAGGCAUCAGAAGAUCCACACUGGUGUGAGAGAGCAUCUGUGCUUUAAGUGUGUGAAGACCUUCAUGUCAGCUGCAGAACUGAAACAGCACGAGAGGAUUCACACUGGAGAGAAACCUUUCAAGUGUUCACACUGCGACAAGAGAUUUAGGCAGUCAGGAUCCCUGAAAACACAUGAGAGGAUUCACACUGGAGAGAAACCGUACAAGUGUUCACACUGCGACAAAAGAUUCAGUCAAUCUGAAAGUCUGAAAAGACAUGAGCGGAUUCACACUGGAGAGAAAUCGUACACGUGAUCGGUGUCUACAGAGUUUCAGACAGUCAGAGCAGCGUCCACACUGGAGAAACGCUGCACACAUGACAUCAAUGCAGCAAAGUGGUCUCUUGUGUUAAGAGAGUCUCACUCUGAACAUCAGAAAAUGCUGCUGUGAGAGAUUGAGUGUAGAAAGU